UCAUUUGCGCUGAAAAGGUAACGUGAUGGACGUCUACUAUAUGAGCGGAAACUGACAGAGAGAGAAAUGUAUGGACAAAUCCAUGUCGUUGUCAAGGACCUGGUGAUAUCAAAGUUUGGGAAAGGAGUCUGGGAGAAGAUUCUUGCCAAGGCCGGGUGUGAUGACAUCGACGACUUUUUGGUAUUUCACUACUACUCCGACGAAAGAACGGUCGGUCUUAUUGUAUCUGUCUCAGAAAUAUUGGGCGUCCCUGUACCGGCCGUCCUUGAACUGUUUGGAGAGUAUUUCUUCACCUAUUGUUUUCAACAUGGCUAUGACAAAAUGUUACGCACACUCGGGGGAAAUCUCAAGGAUUUCAUUCAAAAUUUGGACCCCUUGCACUCUCUGCUGGCGUUAACUUACAGGAACAUUGAGGCCCCGUCGUUCAGGUGUGAGAGCAAUGAAGACGGCACCCUCACGUUACACUACAUCUCCCCUCGCAAGGGGCUCUACCCCAUCGUGAUAGGUGUUGUUAAAGCAGUGGGGAGAGAACUUUUCAACAUCGACUGUACUAUCGAAGUGAUAGAUCGGCUGGGAGAGCAAACAAACACCAACAACGUUGGCAUGGCGGCUCAGGACCACGUGAUCUUCAGGGUUACGGAAAACAAAAACUCCUUAACAACAACAACAACAACAACAUCAAAAACAACCGCAGCCAAAGAGACUAGCACCCCUAACGGGGCAACAAACGGGACAUCAGUGAUCGCGGAAUCAAAGGACUUCAGUCCUCACUUUCCUGACUCCCUUCACAUUGAUCCUCGAAAUUUCUGCACCGCUUUUCCCUUUCACAUCAUAUUUGACCGUGAGUUGUGCGUGUUACAGAGCGGCACGGGUAUCCAGCGGCUGUGCCCUGAAAUUCGGGCAGCGGGGAGCAGUUUGCGGGAGAAUUUCGUCCUGGAACAUCCCCUUAUCAACAUGACUUGGGAUAACAUCGUGAUGUUCAUUAAUGCAGUGUUUGUGUUCUCGGUCAAGCAGACGAGAAUGCCGUUAAAAGGCCAAAUCGUUCUCCUCAACUUAGACGCCAUGCUGUUCAUCUGUUCCCCACGCCUUACUAACCUUAAUGAGUUAAUGGACAAGCAGUUCUAUUUGUCUGACAUUCCUAUUUAUGAUGUCACUAGGGAGUUGAUUCUCCUCAAUCAGCAGAGGGAGGCUGAAAUUGAAGUGAGUAAAAAAUUAGACGAGACCACUGCUGAACUAAAGCGCACAUCUCUGGCACUCGAAAGAGAAAAACAGAGGACAGAGUUUCUCCUGCAUCAAAUGUUGCCAAAGAAAGUAGCAGACCAACUCAAGCAAGGAAAAUCAGUUGAUGCAGAAAAAUUCGAUGAAGUCACCAUCCUAUUCAGUGACAUAGUUACCUUCACGAACAUCGCCGCAGCUUGCCAGCCUAUCGAUAUAGUACAUAUGUUGAACAAUCUGUAUGCAAAGUUUGAUGCUUCAACGACUAAAAACAACGUUUACAAGGUGGAGACAAUAGGGGACGCUUACAUGGUGGUGUCCGGAGUUCCGGAAGUGGUCAAGGACCACGCCGAGUGUGUCUGCGACCAGGCGUUGGACAUGGUGACGGCGGCCUCAGAGGUCAAGUCUCCGGCCACUGGCCGAGCGCUGCAGAUCCGUGUCGGGAUGCACAGUGGACCCGUGGUGGCCGGCGUGGUGGGACUGAAGAUGCCCCGGUAUUGCUUAUUUGGAGACACGGUGAAUACCGCCUCCAGAAUGGAGAGUCAUGGCAUCCCUGGCAAAAUACACCUCAGUCCAGAUACAUACAGGGCACUGAUGAGGAAAGGCGCUGCCUGUCGCUACCAGUUCCAGCCCCGAGGCGCCCUUAACGUCAAAGGUAAAGGAGUGAUGCACACACACUUCCUGGUCGGGAAAGACGAGAAGAGACCCGACCUAGUUGUUGAUGAGUCGGACGCUCAGUACCAGCGUCUGGAUCCCGAGGACACUCCAUCUAUGAAGCAAACAUCGGAGCAAAGCGCCGCAGCAAGUGUUAAAGGCGGGAGUGGCGCUAAUGGUAACAGUGACGUCACAUCGGUUCCUGUGACGCAACAGUCCCAGCUUGACGUCAAGGAGUCAAUCAAGACGUCACAAUCACACGAGGGCAGCCCAAACGGUUGCUGCAGCAGUAAUGAUAAUUGCACCGUUGUAAGGGAACCAAUCAGAGGGCGGAGUGCUACAUGCCAACUUAUGUGA